CCCAGCAGAUCGAGCCUGCCGAGCGCGUCCGACUCUUACGGUCCACUACCUGACUCACAGAUCGGAUCGGGAUGCGGCUGCUGACGCACAACCUGAUGACGUGCAACGUGGGUGCGUGCCAGACGGCUGGAACCAACUACCCGCUGCGCAUUGUGGCCGAGGAGAUGCAGCAGUCUGAGCGCGAGUUCUCGCCCGCCUUUGUCGCCCGUAUGCUUGCCCGCCUGGACUGGUCGGGCAUCACCGCGGCUGCCGAGGACCUGUCGUUCGAGGGCAUUCCCGCCGAGAUGCCCGAGGGUGCCGCCGACGACGACGAGUUUCUGCGCAAGCUGCACUCGCUGCUGCUGGAGAUGGAGGUUGUUACCGGCUCGCUCGUCUGCCCGCACUGCGAGCGCAAGUACCCCAUCGACAAGACCAUUGUCAACAUGGUCCUGCGUGAGGACGAGGUCUAGCCCGCGCUGAUGCGGCUGCCGCGCCUUGCCCUGUAAACCCCUCCUCUCAGCCCA